GCGGCUCCCCCAUUGCAGGCCGCAGGGCGUCCUCGCGGCUGGGCGGGAUCGCUUCGGUUUCCUGGAGGCUGCGGCGGCGGCGGUGGCUAAGGGGACGCGGGACACCUGAAUGCCCCCAGCCCCGGCUCCUCCGACGCGAUGGGGAAGGUGCUGUCUAAGAUCUUCGGGAACAAGGAAAUGCGGAUCCUGAUGCUGGGGCUGGACGCCGCCGGCAAGACCACUAUCUUGUACAAGUUGAAGCUGGGCCAGUCGGUGACGACCAUCCCCACUGUGGGCUUCAACGUGGAGACGGUGACUUACAAAAACGUCAAGUUCAACGUGUGGGACGUGGGCGGCCAGGACAAGAUCCGGCCGCUCUGGCGGCAUUACUACACCGGGACCCAGGGGCUGAUCUUCGUAGUGGACUGCGCCGACCGAGACCGCAUCGACGAGGCCCGCCAGGAGCUUCACCGCAUCAUCAACGACAGGGAGAUGCGGGACGCCAUCAUCCUCAUCUUCGCCAACAAGCAGGACCUGCCCGAUGCCAUGAAACCCCAUGAGAUCCAGGAAAAACUGGGCCUGACCCGGAUUCGGGACAGGAACUGGUAUGUGCAGCCUUCCUGCGCCACCUCAGGGGAUGGACUCUAUGAGGGCCUCACAUGGUUAACCUCUAACUACAAAUCCUAAUGAGCAUUCACCGCCCAUCACACCCCCCUCCCCAACUCCCCUCAGGAGAGAAAUUUAAAAAAAAACAAACAUUCAUAGGAUUAUCACCACCAUCACCUCCAAAUGCCACUUUCUCUUCUUUUGAAUAUGGACUCUGGAGUUACUGUUUUACGGUUUGGGGGGUUUGGGUUGGGGGGGGUUCCUCUUGUGUUUUUUUCCCCCCUUUUGUUUCGUUUCGUUUGUUUUUUUUGCUUUGCGUUAGGAUGCUCUAGUCUGACAUUUGACAUGAACACAAAGUACUAGGUGCUCUUGUUGACUUCCAGCAAAUGGGGUGGGGGGAAAUAUAGCAACUCUUGAUAUGGUCCUUUAUAAUAAUGGUUUGAUUUUUUUAUUUUGAGGGAAUCUUUUUUUUUUUUAAUGUAUGUCUCCCCCCUUUUACCCAGUUACCUUAUCACUUGCUGUAGAUGGCUUAUUUUGCAUUCAUGCAGACGAUGUUGCAAGUCUGUUUUCAUCUAGUAAACUGAAAAUUAUUGCUUAAUCAAACUGCAGUCUGUCUUUUAUAUUUAAGGACUCUUUUUUUUAAAGAGUUCUAACUUUAGUAAUUUCAGGUGUGUCCUUUCAUAUCUAAAACUAGAAUGGUAAAACCUUGCCUGCAGUGGCGAACAAGUGAUACCAUUGUAAUAACUUGCAAGUGCAAAUCAGUAAUGUUAAGCAGGUAAUGUAAGAAGUGCUUUGAAGUGUUAGCUAUUAAGUUCUGAAACAUACAUCAUGCAUGAGUAGGGAUAAAACUAAAUUCUCCAUAUCACAUAGCUAGCUGUUCCUGAAUGAAAAUGUGAAAGUUUCAACAGGCCAUAGAUCUUAUAUUGAAAAGUUAGCAAUUUAGUUGAAUCUUCUCUCAUUGCUUUUUUGUUCACUUCUGAUUGUAGUUUAAAAAUGAUUCAGGCAAUAGAGCAAUAAUGGUACACACCACUUUGAUAGCUGAAACAUUUUGUUACAUUUUGACAAAACAAAUACUUUUUUUAGUUGGCUGAUAAAAUAGUGAAAAACAACCGUGAGUUUUGAUAAUUACUAGUCUGUCUACUGUAGUGAGUUUUGAAAAAUUUUUUAAAAUUCAAAUUAUAUCAAUCUUUUUUCCUGACUGCAAAAGUAAACAUUCCAAUUUCCAUAUCACAGGAGUUGAUUAAGUUGAAGAAAUAAGUAAUUUUUUUAGUUUACAAAUUACCUAUAUCUUAGUUAAUUAUCAGUGAAAAAGAUGGAUUAUUUUUUAAAAGUUUGAUUUAAUUUUGUGAGAAUGUAGAUUUAAUUCAUGCAGGUGGUAAUCAGAUUUUUUAUUAGUUCACAUUUAUUUAAACUUAAAAAAAAGGAAAAUUGAUGGAUGACUAGUUAAAUUCCACUGAUAAGAAAUGCCAAUAGUGGAAAAUAUGUAGGUAAUGAUCCUACAUAUGACGAUGAAUGUAAAUUUAUAAGUCUUGUGAAAGAUAACCAGUUUGUCCGUUUGUCAGCUACAGUCAGUAUAACUAGACUACAUUGUUAACUGAAUAGUUGAAAGUACUUUGAAUCAAAUGUUAAUACUUGGUACAGAAUUGUGCAGCAGCAGCUGGUUCUUAGGCUCAAAUAAUAAUUUUUAGAGAUCAUCAAAAAGUUAAAAACUUGGAAUUUAAAGAAUGUAUAUUAUAAAACCAGAAAUGAGGGGUGUGUGUGUGUCUGUAUGUUUGUGUGUGCACGUGGGGUUUCUGAAAAAUCCACAAAAGUCUGAAUGAGACACCAUGCGACAGUUGUGCAGUAUUAAUCCUGCAUGUUUUUUGACCAUAAAAUGUAUGAUGGUGCUUUUUACCAAAGAUAUGAGGGGCUUAAGGUUAUAGAAAAUUUUCUUCUUAACAUUAAACAACUUGACAGAUAUUUUACUUAAUAGACAAUAGAUAACAAACUUCUCUUUCUAUAGAAUUCGUAUGGAAUAGGAAUGAAAAUUCCUGCUGUAACUAACAGUUUAACUUCAGUGGCAAGGCCCCUGAAAAUAUGAGGUUGACUAAAUAAAACAGUUUGGAUACCCUUUAAAAAAAGAUUUCUAAGGCUCCAUCAUAAAUUUAAUUCGUAGUCUUUUGAAUGAUUAUAAUUUUUAAGGUACAUAAAAUAUGUUUGUAAAAUGAUAUUCAAAAAUUUGAGUGUACUAGUAAACACCUGAAAUAAGACAAGCACAGAGAAAUUCCCAAACUGGAGGAAAAUUGAAGCCCUCAUGCUAAUAGUUCUUAAAAUUCUUUUUAACUUGUCUUUUUUUGGAAACAAGCAUUUGGAUUGGUUAGCUAUCAAUUUUUAAUAUUAAAACUGUUUAAAAGAUUU